AUGGCAAUUUUCAAUAACACCACAUCACCCCCCACAGACUUCCUCCUCACUGCGUUCCCUGGGCUGGAACUUGAUCAUGUGUGGAUGUCCAUCCCUGUCUGCUGUCUCUACAUCAUUGCCCUCUUGGGAAACAGCAUGAUACUGUUUGUCAUCGUUGCUGAGCGAAAUCUCCACAAGCCCAUGUACUACUUCCUUUCCAUGCUGUCAGCUGUUGAUCUAUGUCUGACUAUCUCGACCCUCCCUACUGUGCUUGGGGUUCUCUGGUUUCAUGCUCGGGAGAUCAGUUUUAAAGCUUGCCUCAUUCAGAUGUUCUUUGUACAUGCCUUCUCCUGGAUCGAGUCCUCGGUGCUGGUAGCCAUGGCCUUUGAUCGCUUCAUGGCUAUCUGCAACCCACUGAAGUAUGCCACUGUCCUCACAGAUGUGAUGAUCGUGGCAAUUGGAAUGAUUAUCUGCAUACGGCAAGUGACUGUCCUCUUCCCCAUGGUUCUUGUCUUGAAGAAUGUGUCUUUCCAAGGAGGCGGGGAGCUUUCCCACCCAUUUUGCUUCCACCCAGAUGUGAUCAAAUACACAAAAUCCAACCCCUGGAUCAACAGCUUCUUGGGCUUGUUUCUCCAGCUCUACCUAACUGGUACAGACUUAUUAUUCAUUCUUUUCUCCUAUGUUUUGAUUCUCCGUACUGUCCUGAGCAUCGUGGCCCCUAGGAAGCAACAAAAAGCUCUCAGCACUUGUGUCUGUCACAUCUGUGCUGUCACUGUUUUCUAUGUGCCAAUGAUCAGCCUGUCCUUUGCACACCGCCUCCUUAGCUCCACCCCAAGCACAGUCUGUAGCAUUUUGGCCAAUAUUUAUUUGCUCCUACCCCCUGUACUAAACCCUAUCAUUUACAGCUUGAAGAACAAGAUGAUCCGCAAGGCUGUGCUCCAGCUGCUCCAAUCGAAAGGUUCACAGGGCCCCAAUAUGAGGGGUCUUAGAGGAGGGUGA